UUGAGGUUAUUUUAUAUCGCAGAUGGCCAUUUUUAUUUAAUAAACGUCAAUUUCCCUUGUCAAAACGCAAAAAUUCAGAAAACACAAAAUAAUUUCUCUAUGUUUUUCUUUUCACCUUCAAAACAAAUUCACGUGUAUUUCGUACAUUGUACUUGAAGUUAUCAAGGUAUCCCCGUCACGAAGAUUGCCACCAAUUCGCGACUGUUACGAAUCUAAUGAGAAUCUAAGGACAACUUGCGAACUCACGAACUCAUUCGCAUAAUCCGAAGGCAAUACCCACAAAAAAAUCCAAAAGAAACAAAUACUUAUACAUAUUUGCUAGUUUAGCACGCAACCACCUACACUACCAAAAUACAACCCCUCCUGGAUUUUCAGCCGUGCGGUGCGGAGCGAACGAGGAUAGUAAAAAGAAAAUGAAAAACGCACGCAACUAGCGAGCAGCAAGUGCAGUACUCGGAGUUUGCGAGUAUUUUAGUUAUCGUUGCGUCGUCGACCGGUGAACACUUCAUUUUUAAUCAAAAAAAUAGCAAGAAAAAGAAAAACGUGCAGAGUUUAUGUUUCAAGUCAUUAAAAACAGUCAUAAAAUCAAUGUGUAAAUGAAUAAAAAUGGAUUCAUGCAGUGAUAUAGAUGUUGAUAUGUACGAUGUGAUCUUCAAAACCAUCUACUUGUUUUUAGAAUCUAAUGAGUUUCAUGACACAGCCACGAGUUUCCUCGCCGAAAUUCGGCGAAAAUUUGAUAAGGAAGUAGAUACAACUUCAUCUAAUGCAAAGACAUUAAUUUUACGGCCGUAUUUUGAACAGACAGAUGGCGCCAGUGGUCAAAAUGAUGAAAAUUUAGAAAGUAAUGGCCUUGUAUCGCAUGCAGAGACAUUUAAAGACGUAAAUCUUGGAAAUAAUGUUAUCACAAGUGAAGAUAACGAGUCAUCCACACCGGAAGUUAAUUUAAUGGAAGAAAAAACAAGUGAAAUUAUGAUGCAAGUUUUAAGCCCCAAAUUAUCUCAACCAAAUAUUUUGCAAUCACACAGUAUAAAUAAUGAAAAUGCAAGUGAAAAAUCCCAUAAUUCCCAAGAAAUCAUUCAUAAAAGUUGGAAAAACAUCUUUGAACAAAACAAAAACCCUGUUUGCCCUGAUUGCACGAAUAUUACACGCAUAAAACAAGAUUUAGAUGGCUUAAGCUCAUCAUCCGCCAUCUUGGAUCCCAAUGACAUGAAUAUUUUGCACAAAUCUUUCAAGUUACUGCAGGAAUUGCAAGAAAAUCACGUUAAAUUAAUUCGUAUGAUUAUAUAUAUAAUGUUCUUGGCUCCUAUGUGGAGCAUAGAGCCUCACUAAGCGCCCUCCAACGGACUCUGUUUCGGGCAACCGCCUUUGCUUCGUUCCAGCCCAUAUUUUGGUUUCGGAGCUCCUCUAUUGUGGAUCUUCGCCAGGUAUUGGCCGGUCUACCAACCCUUCUCUUCCCCUGUGGGUUCCAUUCUAGCGCAUUUCUGGCGAUAUCUCCGGCGUCUCUUCUCAAGAUGUGCCCAAUCCACCCCCAUUUUCUCUUGCGUAUUUGAUUUAUAAUGGGAGUUUCAUCACAUCGACGGUGCAACUCAUCGUUGGAGAUUGUCAUUGGCCAGAAUAUGCGCAAGAUCAUUCUCAAGCACUUGUUUAUGAAGGUUUGGAGUUUGUGUGUGCUUGAGCUCGUUGACCUCCAUGUUUCGCAUCCAUAUAAAAGGGUGGAUUUUA